AGUAGUCGUCGGACUUCCCCCGGUAUCUCGCACAUGCUCAGUAGCGUGCGCAAAGUAUCGCUAAUCGAAGGAGAGACUCGGAACGGUCGGCAACGACGGCGCGAGCUGGACGUGCUGUUCGCAGUUCAAAAUGCAGCCUGCAUCUACGUGUCUUGCGGUCUGAAGCCGUCACAAGGUAAAAGGAUGUGACCCCCCGUCUGGCGUUCUGUCUUCCUGCUAUGAGCCGAGAUCCGUCGGCGUGAAAGCGUGAGAUUAAUGGAAGGUGUGACGGAAGAGUCGAGGGAACAGUCGGAGAAAGUGCAGGAUGAGACAGGACCCGCUUUAGCGAACGACACUCUGCAGGUCGGGAAGGAUGAUCUGGACGUCCCUACAGUUGGGGAUCCGGGCGAAGACGAGACGGAGCCGCCUCCUGAUUGGCUGGAGCCGUUGGAGGACUGUGAAGAUGAUGGUGAUGAAGGUGUGGAGAUUGACAAGAGCAGCAAGGGAAGAAGCAAAAGGGGCAAUAAUGCUGCGCGGAGACGCGGGAGGCCGUCAGUGUCCUCCAACAGUACCUGGGUGGACUGUCCUGACCUGGGAAGUGGCUGGAAACGAAAAGUGAUCUUUUGGCGUGCAGGCAAAAGUGCCACAUAUUACCUGAGUCCCAAAGGUGUGCGCUUUAGGAGUAAAGUCCAACUCGCCAAACACCUCAAGGCCGACCUGGCUCUCUUUGACUAUAAAGAAGGAAAGUUUGUGGAUGCUAUAAUCCCCAGAAAGCGUCGAAAAGCUCGUGUGAAAGAAGGCACCAGGCGCUCGAGGCUUUCUUCCUCCAGAACCACUACUCCAGACCUGGACAAGGCUCAAAACUCUGAAAACCUAAGCACCCCUAUACAGAACGGGCCCCUCAGCCCCCAGAGACCCCAACUCAUUCCUAUAUCACUGUCCAUCUCUCCACCUCUAAAGAGCGCCUACAGAAGCCCCCCAGACCUUACUCCUGUCUCCCCCACCAUCAUCCAACAGCCCAGCCCUUCACCCUCGCUCAAACUGGACGAUCUGGAAGUUCAAACCAACCCGGUGUCUCAGUCCUGGCUCCAGUCCUCCUUGGCUCCUGUCAGCCCCAUCAAAACCCCUGAGAGUGAUUUCCCCACUUAUCCAAAUGGCCAGAGUGACCUUCUUCAAACCUCUCUGACUCAGCAGGACCCUGAAGGAGGAAUCAAGGAUCACGGCCUUCCACCACUUGAAGGCUGUGCAAACUGUGGUUGUAAAUACCCCGGGAUGGGAAGUGGGAAGCAGCUGCUUUGUCGAAAAUGCAGACCGAGGAGAAAUCAGCAUCCUCAUAUUAUCUUCAGGAAGGUGGGACAGGAUAGGUGGAUUCUGGGAAACUCCAAAAAUGACAUUUCCCUUAAAAAGAAGAUACCUCCUUUAGGGAAGAGACGUCAUCCUACUAAGUCGCUCAGAUUGAUGGCUCAGCAGGAAACAGAAAAGGAAGAGAUUCAGAAGGAAGUGCAGCAGGACAGCGAUGAGGAUGACGACGGGCCCGAAGGUGGACCCGACGAUGACGAUGACUGCGGUCCGAGGAAACGCAAACGUCGGAUGUGCGGACAGUGUAAAGCCUGCCUUCGUAACGAGAACUGUGGGAAAUGCGAUUUUUGCUUGGACAAGACCAGAUACGGUGGACCUAACAAGCUGAGGCAGAAAUGUCGGUUUCGACAGUGUCAGGUCCGGUCCCGCCUGCAGACAGGGUCACUUAAAUACGCCCGUUCUGUCGAUUUGGCGGACUCGGGACAGGGUGAGCCGAGCAAGAAGCACGGCAGGCACUGGGGGAGGAGGAAAAUAAAGCGUCGCUCGAGAAGCAGCAAAUACUGCACGGACGACGAAAACGACGACGACGGCCGAUACGAAGGCAGGUGUUCGGGUAGGAAAGGACGAAAGGGCAGGCCGAAGAAAUACGGUCGCCGCCCUAAACGAGUGAAGGACGAGGAAGAGGAUAAGGGGUCGGAUCCAGAGAUCGAGGACGAAGGACCGGGCGACCUGAUUCAGGACCCAUGUGUGGUGUGUGAUGAUGGCAGCAGUGGUUUUUACGAGUCUGAAGAACUCUACUCAAACAACUACAUUCAGAACGGGCCGAACCUCGAUAUGCUCAGGUGCGGUGGACCUCAGCCUGUGGAGGUGGAUUUCCCCGAGCUUCCUCAGGCCCCAGGACUUGUGUACGCUGUACCCGGUCUACCUGAUGGUUCUCAGCUGCUGAGCUCGGUCCUGCCUAACGGUGUACCACUUCAGCUGAGUGCCGUGCCAGGCACACACACCCCUCUGAUGCUAGAUGAAGUGCUGGGCAAAGCUGCCCCUCAUCAGCACCCUGAGGUCCUGACCAGCAACGGGCCGUCCGUGCGGCUUAGCGAUUUCCUUAGGAAUCAUGGAUUAGAGCUUGUCGAGGUGGAUACGACCGUCCCACAGAUCCUUCCAGCUCCUCCCACAGCUCCUCCCAUAGCUCCUCCCAUAGCUCCUCUCAUAGCUCCUCCCACAGCUCCUCUCAUAGCUUCUUCCACAGCUUCCCCCAUAACUCCACCCAGCCUUGAGCCAGAGCACCAGGGUGGACCAGGAACACUAGGAGCAUCACCUGAGACCUACAGCCUUCCGGAACCUUCUGAGAGUUCCUCGAUCCGGGACUCUGGGCUGUUGGAGUUGCUGACAUCUCUGCGCCGCACCAUUCUCCCUGCACACUGGGUAGGUGUGAUGGCUAACGGCCCGAUCCUGCAGCUCUUCCAGUGCUCCAAGCUCUCUCCCAUGGCUGACACGGUGCUACAGAUCGAGCCGGACUUCUUCUAUCAGAUCAGCGUGCAGAACCAGCCGCUGCUGCCCACGCACGCCGUGUACGAGCGCCACCCGGCCCGCCUUACCUCCGUCAGCAAAGUAGUGACCCUGCUGCUCGACCUGGAAGAGUUGAACGUGUGUCAGGGCUACCAGAGCUUCGAGGCGAACUCGCAGCAAGAGCCGCUGCUCUGCGCACGCGCUGCGUUGUGCCAGCUGCUCGUCCCGCAGGAUGAGGACUGCUGCGAGAAAUGCCAGGAAUGCAACCCUCUCGUUAAGAGCUAGUGCAUGAACCUCGGGGAACGUCGGUGAUCAGACGGUUAGAAGUGGAGAUCUGACCGUCAGAACCGUUCACUGGUUUAACAUGAAGUGUAUAUCAAGUCAAUACGGUCAUCCUACAUUAGAACCUUAUUAAUGCAGGGGGUUUGUGUUGAUGUGUAAACGAUGCCAAAACUGCGGGUGGCAAACCUUAAAGCAAUACGCAGAUACUCCGACUUCAAUCUCCGUUCAAAAAUAAUCUGUAACGUACGUGCGAUUCCUAAAGUUCCUACUCUUUAUUCAAAACGAAACAAAAUCUGUCUAUCUAAAUGACCGUCAUGAGAAAUUUCAAACAACCUUUAGACUGAAGGAUGAGAGAGUUCAGGUUUUUAAGCAUGGUUUUUAUUUAUGGACAAUCAGGGUGGAAACUGAGGUGACAAAAAAAAAAAAAGUUUAAAACAUCUUUCAUACAAACAUCAAGUUUAAAACAAAAAUUUCAUAUUUAGUUUAAAUUUGAAACCAGUGAUCGGUCCAAAUUUUGGAGCGUGUGCUUGUAGGAAAAUAAUCGAAGACUAGGUCAUUAUGUGAAGAGUUACUGUUACCGUGGCAACGGAUUUUAUUCUUGCUUUUAUAGGGAAACGUCCGCGAGACAAGUUAGUUGCUGUUAAAGUUAUAAGAGCUAUAAACAGCCGUCCGUUCGCUAAUUUUUUUGCUCUUCUUUUGAAGUUUAGAAAGCAAACAAAAUGAAAUUUAUCCCAUUUUAGAGAUCAGACUUCUCCAUUCCGUCGACUGUCCCGUGUCAGAUUUGACUUACUUUACUUUUAAAUAAAUGCCAAUUCGAUAUCUCUUGACAGUAAAAGUCACCAUUUCAACGAUCACACACUUUUCAUCCUUUUAAAUCCGUCCCUGUGCGAGUUAGAAACGAUAAUAUUAUAUAAGCUUUUUAUAUAUAAAUUAUAAUAAGCUUAAUAUCAAAGAUCCAGAAUUUCAUAAUAUUGCGAUCACAGAAUUUUACGCAAAAAAUCAACUAAAUAGGAAGUGGUAGCUCAUUGGUUAAGAGCGUUUGUCACAAAUGUGAACGCUAUGAUACACGGAAGAGCUUAACUUUUUUUUUUUUUUUUUUUAAAGUAACGCAAUUAUUUUAAUUGACGUAUUUAACGUCCUAGUAAUUGCACAGACAGUACAGAUUGAGUUGACCGUGAUUCUGUUGGAAAGUUCUAGAGUGUGCUUUAAGGUUUACGCUCGUUUUGGAAAGUUCUCCUGGCAGUGACGACUCCGGCGGGAUAGAUGAUAUUCAUCUCAGCGUAGACUAAGCUUGCAAGCCUGAGCAAGCAAAGGAAUAUUCCUGGUGAGAUUUGAGAUUUCCCACCCAAUCAGUUUCCUGAGACACUUCCUGGAUGUUUGAAAGAAUACAUUUUUUUCUUUUGAAUUUUUUUUUUUAUUUGUAUUUAUUAAUUAGUACUGUGACUUUGUACCGUGGUGCUCUAAGGGCUUGGUUUGAUUUGACGUCUUCUUCGACAAGAAAUGACUCUGGAGCCGUUGUUCUAAUGGUGCUUUUUUUCCCUGUCUCUACGUAGCUCUCUGUAGCAAAACGUCCUUAACGAGCCCGUGACGCUCAUCCAUGGCCGACCCUGCAGCGUUUAAGCCGCCUUUGUCCUGACUGGCUUUUGUUCUCGAAUUCGCUCUCAGGCGUAUAGAGAGUAAGGGAAGUCAUCAAAACUUCAAAACUACCUCUCAGUGAUUCCUUGGGCCAUCGCUGGUGUCCGUAUCUGUUUAUCAGUUCGUAUUGCUUUAUUCACCUUUGCUUAGCUUUCACCAAUGACGCACCUCACCUUGUUCUUGCUUGAUUGAAGGCUUUCCGUAUGGAAGUCCACCGAGCUUUGACUUUCAGUCUAGGGUGUUUUUUUGAGUGCUGCUGUUUGUGAUUUAUAUAUAUUUUUUUCUUGUACUACUAAAAAAAAAAAAAAAAAAAAAAAAAAAAAAAUCAUUUUUAAAUCACUUUUAUUAUCAGCUUCCAUUUUUUCACUCUACACUGUAAUGAAAGUAUUCGGGCAGAAGACAAGCGCCGUCUGACACGAGCUGCGUCUCAAAUCGCAUGCGUCUCAAAUCGCUGUUCUAAAAAUGGCUAGAAUUCUCAAAUAGAACUUAUUUUUAAAUAAAAAAACCUGCAUAGUGUUUUUCCGAAUAAGCCGUCGAGGCUUCCUUCCCCCACAUCGUGCACCAUGGAAAUAAAGCAGGACGGCCUUGUGGCACGUAAAGACGUGGCUUCCUUUGACAGCGGGAAAGGUUUUGUCUCCAGCUCCGCUCGUGUCUCAAUCUCGAACCUAAGACUUGCUAACGAAUCCAGCGUUAAAAUAAAAACAUACAGUGUAUAGCAUGCAUUUUUAGCUCGGUUAUUAAUAUCAGGUAGCAACUAAUGCGAGCCACGUCCACGUUCAUUUAAACCCAGUUUUUCUUUAAGUACAACACUGUUUGGAUUUCAUAUACGAACCUUUCAGUGUUAACUAUCCAGCUUCAUUUCUCAAGGUUAAGUCAAAGAAUAAUUCUUUAAUUAAUUCUUUAAUAAAAUCGUAUUGACGAAAUCUUGAUACGAAAUGGUACAGAAAGUGUUUAAUGACUACUGAUUCCAUUUUUAAGUAUUAGGUUAAUGUAUGCAAUCUGACACACGGCUACAGUCAUGUAACGCAAAGCACAGACGGGUGACGGAUUCAAGGGGGGAAAAAAACGGUGACUUAUAAGCUGAGGAGGGAAUUUAUUUAUGUUGCUGGCACGAUUUGCACGAAGUGUUCCCCUUAGAGUGAAUGGAAACCACUGCGAGUCGAUUCAUUAUUUUCCUGACAGAUGGGCGUGGUCUUUUCCAGCAUGACUCCUCCCCCCAUCUACAGGGCACAGCGGCUCACUGAUCGGGUUAAAGAGGCUGAAAAUGAAGAAGAACACACGCUAUGCCCUUCGCAAUCACCAGAUAAUUGCAAUCGGGAAAAUUACGUUAGACAGCACUCUAAAUUAACAUCGUUGGAACGCAAACUGAGGGAACUUUCUUUCUGAGGGAAAUUUCUUUGGGAAGGUCGGCGUUGAAUUUACGCCAAUCCGCAUUGACGCUGAUCUGGCAGCUUGUGGUGCCUCGACAGCUUACUAACACGCCGGAUGUUGUUUUUUUCCCUUUACUUUGUCUCCUGUCUGUGAAAGAAAAAUUUGGUCACUGAGGUUUUCACAUUCAUAUUCUUCAGAUUGUGUCUUCUCUAAUGUUAGUCUACCAAAAAAAACAAAACAAAACAAAA